ACUGAGGCUUAUCACACGUGUCUGCACAUCUGAGGUCUUUGUGUGAAAGGAAACUUAGGCACCUGAGCUGGGGGAGGAGGAAUCCCAGCAGAAGGAAUGUAGGAAGCAGAAAUGAUUCUCUUAAAAAAUUGAGGAAAUUAUUUACAGGAGGAAAGAUGUAUAUGGGUCUUUAAGAACUAACAUUCCAUCUAUUAAUUUAAAAUUUGGAAAGAGCAAGCAUCUCUUGGAAGAUGAGUAGAGUGAUCGUGGCCUGGACAAGAACAGAUGUUUUGUGCCACAAGUUACUAACUCUAUCUGAACAGACCAGCAGGAAGAUGUGAGACUAACACACCCAGUAGGCAAACAGGGUGGCCCCGGGUGUUUGUUCAGGCUGUAUAUAUGCUUAGCUGCACUGAGUCAGCUGUCCAGUUAGCAACCCAGGAGCCUAGAAACAGUGACUUCCCUCCCGAGCCGGAUCGGGGUUCACAUGUUUGAUUGUUGGGAGCUGUGUUGACCAGGUGCAGAGAAAAUGGGGCAGAAACCCUCACAACAGCCGGCCCAGCAGGACGGCAAGGAGGCGCCCCGCGUCUGUGAGGUGGUCAGUGAAGCCGUGGUCCACGCUGCCCGGAAACUGCAGGAGUACCUGGGAUUUGAAUAUCCACUGAGUAAGCUCUGCCCGGCCGUGGAAACCCUGAAUGAGAUCUUCUUAAUCCACUUCAUCACCUUCUGCCAGGAGCACGGAGUUGGGGAGUGGCUUACCACCAGCAAGAUGACCAAGCACCAAGCCCUGCUGUUUGGGGCCGACUGGAUCUGGACCUUCUGGGGCUCCGAUAAGCAAGUGAAGCUUCAGCUGGCUGUGCAGACGCUGCACAUGGCCUCUCUGCCUCUGCUGGAGCCCCCGCUCUGCGACCUCUCCCACCCAGAGUCAACACCCGAGGAGUCCCCGGGGAAGAGAAACCGCUUUCAGAAGCUGCACGAGUUCUGUACGUUGAUAGGGGAGGAUUGUCUGGGCCUCUUUCUUGUCUUUGGUGUCCCUGGGAAGCCACAGGACGUCAGAGGGGUGAUCCUGGACAGUGUCACGAGUGAGAUGGCCGGGAGUCACCUGCCGGGCCGGGAGGCCGUGAUCCGGUUCAUUCUGGACACGGAAGAGUAUGUCCCCAUCAGACAGCUGCUUGGGAACUGCCUGAGUACGAAAGAUGGGCUGAGAGAGGUGGGCAAGGCUUACGUCAGCAUCCUCUGAACGGCGUGUGUGCGACAGACCUGGCCUGGCGGGUGGAAAGAGGCAUGCAUUGUGUUCUAAGAAGCUCAUCAGUGGGUGGCAUUCUGGCAUGGGACCUUUUUAUUUUUACCCUCUCUGAUGGACAGCGGUUAUCUGGGCCACAGCAUGUCAUAGUUUGUGAAGAGAAAAGAACCCUGGCCGCGUUUCAGGAAGAUUGCUAAUUUAAUCUUUCACCCAGGUGUUCCAUAAGAAAGUGGAAGGAGAGGAUAAAUAAAGUCAUGUUGAAAGUUUGAUUUGAAAAAAAAAAAAAAAAAAGCUCUGUCCUUCUUGGAAAUGGUUAAAUCUAGCACUAAAAAGUGUGAAAUGUGUUUUUACUGCUGUUGGUGGGAGGUGAGCAGGGUACAGUGGUAGGAGAGGCUACAGAGUAGGUUUCAUUCCAUUGAUGAUGCCACUUUUAUUUUAUUUGAAAGAGUUAGAGAUCUUCCACCCACUGGAACACUCCCCAGACAGCCGCAACAGCCAGGAGCCAGGAGCUUCUUCCAGGUCUCCCAUGUGGGUAGCAGGGGCCCAAAUACUGGGCCGUCUUCCACUGCUUUUCCCAGGCCACCAGCAGCGAGCUGGAUUGGAAGUGGAGCAGCCGGGACAUGAACUGGCACCCAUGUGAGAUGUUGGCGUCACAUGCAGAGGCUUUACCCAGCACCACAACACAAGCCAAAGAUACUGCUUUCCACUCCGGACUUCUAAGUAAGCUUCGCACCACUCUUUCCCUCUAACUCCCUCGCUCCUGCCUCCUCCCUUGUUGCUUUCUCUGCAAAGAUGGGACAUUGGUGGCAUUUACUUGGGGAUCUACUUGUGUCAGCUUUACCUAUAAUUUUAAAACAAUCACCCAGAAAACGACUGCUUGUAGCAAUAGUUUGUGUUCAUUUAGCAUCUGUAAUAUUCACACAUAAUGACCAUUUGUGCUUAAAAACCUGUGUGGAAUUUAGCAGUUCAAAGAGGAAUCACCAUUAUUUCUUAAACUGCUAUGGCAGGCCACGGGCUUCCCAUGUACGACCAUGGCUUACGUAUCCCUCCAAAACUUGAAGAGGUGUUUGUUUCUACUUGACACAGCAGAGAGGCUAAAUCAUUCCUAAGGCAAUUAUGUGGCUUGUAACCAGAAGCGGGAUCUGUCCAGUUACAAAGCCCAUCUCUUUUCUUGGGUCACUUAGAGAAAAUUCUUCGACACUAAGCUUCCGUAGUUGCUGAGACGGCAGAGCCGUGCACCUGCCAAGGAUCGGGCUGGUCGCUGUUGCUUGUUCUUUCACGUCUUGGCCUUAGUCUGCUGUUGAAUCUCUUGACAGUAAACAGCUUGUUCAUAGAGGUGCAGCUGUUUGAAAACAUGGGCCAAAUCUAAAAUGCACCCAAACUCUUCAAACACUUGUUGGGGCAUGUGGUGCAGUGGUUAAGCCGCUGCUUGGGACAUCUUUGUCGCGGUGUCAGAGCCUGUCUUUGAUUCCUGGCUCAGCUCCCUGCUGUUGCACACCCUGGGAGGCAGCAGGUGAUGGCCCAAGUAGCUGUGUGUCUGCCAGCCAGGUGGGAGACUUCGAUGGGAUUCCUGGCUCCUGCUCCUGGCUGUGGCCUCACCCAGUCCUGGCUGUUGCAGGCAUUUGAGGAGUGAAUCAGAGGAUGGAAGCUCACUUGCUCAAAUAAAUAAAUAACUUAAAAAAUAACAAUGACAUUUUCUGUUUCUGCUAUCUUCCCAUGGCCUUGGCACAUUAUGUAUUUUGGAACUUUCCAGUUCCUGUGUGGCUGAAUUAAGACAGCAUGUGGGCAAUACUGUUAUUGUCCGCUGUAGUGCAACCUUAGCUGGCUGCUCUUGAAGUUCAGAAAUACAUUUGUGCUGUGAUGCGUGUGACAAAUUGUGCCAGGCACUCCUGUGUUUUCUGUGCUACAUCCCUUUUAAAAUGCUGAUCGCAAGCCACUAGAUGAACGUCAGGACCACUAACAGGUCCCAGAUGAGAGCUGUAAAAUCCGUGUUGCUGAGGGAGGGUGGGGUCCCGGUCCCCCCAUGUGUGCUUGUCAAGCCUUGUACUGAGCGUUCUCUCGUCCCCGACACCCACCGUCCCCCUUCUCUGCCUUACUCCGGGCUCCCCUGCCCUCUGGCUCCCAGCCAGCAGUGCCCAGGGGAGCAGACCACAUCCGAGGAGGAGAUCCCGGAUUCUUGCCAGCUCUCUCCCUGCUGCACCAGCUCCCUGCCAUU